CCCGCAGUCACACAAGCGGAGUGGGAGUUCCUACAGCACAGCGCUCAACACUGUUUCUCAGUCAGGACACAGAAAACCCUGAAACAAUCGCUCUUUACUAACCCACCUGCUCAGACCUGCGGGUUUAUUGCAGAAGAAGGAAACCAGGUGCGCGGUUAAGAUCCACCUCUCAGCUCAGUUGAUCGUCCCUGUCCUUCUGUGACAGUUUGGAUUUAGUUUAUGACAUCUUUAUUUCCUCCAGCAGCGAUGCAAGAGGACAACGGGGCAGCUAAACCAGGUGGAGUUAUUGCUUACAUUUCAUCCGGCUCUACGGCUGACUCUUGUAUGAGCAGCAGCCCCAUGUCGACGUCUCCGCCUGCCUCCCGGCCCUCGUUGCCAAGCCGAGCCGUUGGCAUGGUGGUGGACAUCGCUCCUCCAGCCAAACGGGGUCCGGGUGCGGAGAAAACCGGCCGCUCCGCCGCCGCUGCAAAAGGCAACAUAACGAAAAUCAACGGCAUGGUCCUAUUGUGCAAGGUCUGUGGCGACGUGGCCUCGGGCUUCCACUACGGCGUCCACGCCUGCGAAGGUUGCAAGGGAUUCUUCAGGAGAAGCAUUCAGCAGAACAUCCAAUAUAAGAAGUGUCUGAAGAUGGAGAACUGCACCAUCAUGAGGAUCAACAGGAACCGCUGUCAGCAGUGUCGCUUCAAGAAGUGUUUGGCUGUCGGCAUGUCCAAAGAUGCUGUUCGAUUUGGUCGCAUCCCUAAAAGAGAGAAGCAGAGGAUGCUGCUGGAGAUGCAGAACGCCAUGAACAACAUGAUGAACAAGAGCGGGCAGCUGCACAGCAUGUUGCAUGACGACCAAAGCCCCCCGCUGCCCAUAGAGGCAAUCAACAGCGACGCUAGCUCCUCUUCGACCUCUUCUUCCUCGUCUACUUCCGACUCUUCUUCGUGCUCCAACCCGUCCUCCCCGCAGUACCCACAGGACUCGGAGUCUGUGGUUUCCAUGGAUACCAACUCCAGCUCUGCAUCGUCUUGCGGGUCAGACAGCAGUGAGGAUGAGGGAGCGCUCAAUGGUAACGGGCAACACCAGGACGCCUUCACGUUUCCCCAGCAAAGGUCGGCUUCACAGAACAACGCCUCUCCGUCCGCUGGUACGGGCUGCAGCGGACGCCUGGAGGAGCAGCAGGAGAGCCUGAACUCCUGGAACAAUAAUCCAGCUGUGGGAGGAUACCAGCACUGUCCGUACUCCAACUCUGCCUACAGGGAGGAGAGGGCAGCAGCAUACCAGCAGCAGCUUGGCUGCGAUCCAUCUGGGGACGGGCAGAAAGAACAUUACACACAAAAUGCCUUUAGCUACAGAGGACCAAACGGCUGCAUGAAAAGUCGAGCAUACCUGGUUUGCCCGAUGAGCACCUCGCCGUACGUAGACCCUAACAAGCCCAGCCAGGAGAUCUGGGAGGAGUUCUCAAUGAGCUUCACCCCCGCAGUACGGGAGGUGGUGGAGUUUGCCAAGAAGAUCCCAGGUUUCCGGGACCUUCCCGAACACGACCAAGUGAGCCUGCUGAAAGCUGGAACCUUUGAGGUGCUGAUGGUACGCUUUGCCUCCCUGUUCAACAUGGCCGAGCGGACGGUCACCUUUCUGAGCGGCAAACGCUACAGCCUCGACACGCUGAGGUCGCUGGGUGCCGGUGAGCUGCUCAACUCCAUGUGCGAGUUCAGUGAGAAGCUGGCAGCUCUGCGGCUUAGUGAGGAAGAGAUGAGCCUCUUCACCGCUGUGGUGCUGGUCUCAGCCGAUCGAUCAGGGAUCCAGGACUUGAACUCUGUGGAGGCCCUGCAGGACAAACUGAUCUGGGCCCUGAGGAACCUGGUGAUGCAAAACCACGGCGUUGAGUCCGCCACAACCUUCACCAAAAUCCUACUCAAGCUUCCUGAGCUGCGUUCUCUCAACAACAUGCACUCUGAGGAACUGCUCUCAUUCAAAGUGCAUCCAUGAAGGCUUCCUAGAAGUGGAUGCUCUAAACCACCUGGACCUGCGCCCCGGCCCCCCCCCUGUACCUGACCAACCUAGUUGCGCGUUUGUCCAGAAUGAAUGAAGUACUUUCUUCUUAUUCUGGGGGGUCUGAGGAGAGAAUAUAAAGUUUACUGUAUUUAUGGAAGAGAUUUGCACGUUGCACACAGACACACAAAUGCACGUGUGUGUUAGAGAGUUCUAGUUGGAUGUAUUUUUAUUUUUAAAAGAAAGUACUUUUAAAAUAUAUAAUAAUGCAAUGCAGAUUUUUUUUACAUCGUUUUCCUCCGAAAGCCAUUAAUUCCAAAGUGUAUUUCUGAUAUAGAGUGAAUGUUUGAGACAUUAUAUACUGUACCUUACAUGUAUGUUUGGCCCAAUAGUUUCAUCUGUGUGGUGAAAAGCUGGAGCAAAGGCGUCGCUGAAAGUGUGCUCAUUGCUAAAUGCAUGGCUGCUUAGUGCUAACUAUUAAUCUGGCUCUGCUCCUCUUGUGUCGGACGGCAUCAGCUCAUUGUUUUGGUGUACAUAGUGUUGUAUCUUUUCCGUUUUGUCUUAUUUAAUGUUUACGUGUUCAUUUGGGCACUGUCUGGUCAUUUCUGCAGGAAAAGCAAAAACACUACAUUUGCACAAGUUUUGGAGUAAAAGCUGAAGUGUGCUACAUCAUGUAAAUGUUUUGCAAUUUCCAACUUAUUUUCUCUUUUUUUUUUUUUUUUUUUUUAAAUCAAACUGUUUUUCAGUAUAGCACUGAAUUUUGACCAGUUUUUCCUCAUUCACUAUGUUGAACUAUCAGCUACUGGCAACACUGCCAUAUGUAAAUAGCUAUAAAUAUAUAUAAAACAUAUAUGUGGAAUAUA